ACCGGGGCCCUCAGAUCGAGGCUGCCUCCCCCUCUCAGCCGGCAGCACAUUCCGCCGCCGUUGCCGCCGCCCGGCCCCACAGUUGUCUUUGCCGGAGCUGCAGUCGCGCUGGGGUUAGGGCGGGGGGGCGGGCGGGGAGAGGAGAAGGCCGCGGCGGAGGCAGGUGAGAGGAGGAAGGAAGCGGCGGCGCGGCGAGCACAGCAGCUCAGGCGGCGGCCCAGUUCCUAGGAGUGUCGGUGCGGCGCGGUGGUUGGGGCGGAUCCCGCGGGGCCCGGGCGGGGGAAGGAGUCACCGGCCCGGCCAUGGCGGACAACGAGAAACUGGACAACCAACGGCUCAAGAAUUUCAAGAACAAAGGCCGCGACUUGGAGACUAUGAGAAGACAACGAAAUGAAGUUGUAGUUGAAUUAAGGAAGAAUAAAAGAGAUGAACAUCUCUUAAAGAGAAGGAAUGUACCACAUGAAGAUAUCUGUGAAGACUCUGAUAUAGAUAGUGAUUAUAGAGUGCAAAAUACCUCUCUAGAAGCUAUUGUUCAAAAUGCUUCAAGUGAUAACCAAGGAAUUCAGUUAAGUGCAGUUCAAGCUGCUAGGAAGCUUUUGUCCAGUGAUCGAAAUCCACCAAUUGAUGACUUAAUAAAAUCUGGAAUAUUGCCCAUUUUAGUCCAUUGUCUUGAAAGAGAUGACAAUCCUUCUUUGCAGUUUGAAGCUGCAUGGGCUUUGACAAACAUUGCAUCUGGAACUUCUGAACAAACUCAAGCGGUAGUUCAGUCCAAUGCUGUGCCACUUUUCCUGAGGCUUCUCCAUUCACCCCAUCAGAAUGUCUGUGAGCAAGCAGUGUGGGCAUUGGGAAACAUCAUAGGUGAUGGGCCCCAGUGUAGAGAUUAUGUCAUAAGUCUUGGAGUUGUGAAACCUUUACUUUCCUUCAUAAGUCCAUCUAUUCCUAUAACAUUCUUAAGAAAUGUUACUUGGGUUAUGGUCAACUUAUGUCGCCACAAAGACCCACCACCACCAAUGGAAACCAUUCAGGAGAUUCUUCCAGCCCUUUGUGUUUUAAUUCAUCACACAGACGUAAAUAUAUUGGUAGAUACAGUCUGGGCCCUCUCUUACCUUACUGAUGCUGGCAAUGAACAAAUACAGAUGGUAAUAGACUCUGGAAUAGUUCCUCAUUUGGUUCCUCUGCUCAGCCACCAGGAAGUUAAAGUUCAGACUGCUGCACUUAGAGCUGUGGGCAACAUUGUUACUGGAACUGAUGAGCAAACACAAGUAGUUUUGAACUGUGAUGCUCUUUCACACUUCCCAGCACUCCUGACACAUCCCAAAGAGAAAAUUAAUAAAGAAGCAGUGUGGUUCCUCUCCAACAUCACUGCAGGAAAUCAGCAGCAGGUACAGGCAGUAAUUGAUGCCAAUCUUGUACCAAUGAUAAUACACCUUUUGGAUAAGGGGGAUUUUGGCACUCAAAAAGAAGCUGCUUGGGCCAUAAGUAACUUAACAAUUAGUGGAAGGAAAGAUCAAGUGGCUUACCUUAUCCAGCAAAAUGUUAUCCCACCUUUUUGCAACUUGCUGACUGUAAAAGAUGCACAAGUUGUGCAAGUAGUACUCGAUGGACUAAGUAAUAUAUUAAAAAUGGCUGAAGAUGAGGCAGAAACCAUAGGCAAUCUUAUAGAAGAAUGUGGAGGACUGGAGAAAAUUGAACAACUUCAAAAUCAUGAAAAUGAAGACAUCUACAAAUUGGCCUAUGAGAUCAUUGAUCAGUUCUUCUCUUCAGAUGAUAUUGAUGAAGACCCUAGCCUUGUUCCGGAGGCAAUUCAAGGCGGAACAUUUGGUUUCAAUUCAUCUGCCAAUGUACCAACAGAAGGGUUCCAGUUUUAGAAAGAUGUUGUGGAAGUUAGGUACAAUGCAGCACUGAGAUAUAUAUAUAUAUAUACACAUAUAUAUAUAUAUAUAUAUAUACACACAUAUAUAUAAAAAGGUUUGAUCCAUCAA